AUGGUCAUCAAGACGGACGAGUUGCCGGCGGCCGCCCCGGCUGACAGUGCCCGGGAGCCCAGCUCUCAGGCUGGUGGCAAGGGGCGGCCAGGUUCGACCGAGCUGCCGUCAGUCAUGCUGCUGAAUGGGGACUGUCCGGAGAGCCUGAAAAAGGAAGAGGGCCGCACCGAACCGCCCCAGGAAAAUGGGCUGGAUGAGGCUGAGCCGGGAGAGGAAACCACUGGACAGGAAGUCAUUGUCAUUCAGGACACCGGCUUUACUGUGAAGAUCCUGGCCCCAGGGAUUGAGCCCUUCUCCCUACAGGUGUCCCCUCAGGAGAUGGUACAGGAGAUCCACCAGGUGCUCAUGGACCGUGAAGACACGUGUCAUCGCACCUGCUUCUCGCUGCACCUGGAUGGCAACAUGCUGGACCACUUUUCAGAGCUGCGCAGCGUCGAGGGGCUGCAGGAGGGCUCGGUGCUACGCGUGGUGGAAGAGCCGUACACAGUGCGUGAGGCCCGAAUCCACGUGCGCCACGUCCGAGACCUGCUCAAGAGCCUGGACCCGUCCGAUGCCUUCAACGGGGUGGACUGCAACUCCUUGUCCUUCCUGAGUGUCUUUACCGAUGGCGACCUGGGAGACAGCGGGAAGCGGAAGAAGGGCUUGGAGAUGGACCCCAUUGACUGCACACCGCCCGAGUACAUCCUUCCGGGGAGCCGGGAGCGGCCGCUGUGUCCCCUGCAGCCUCAGAACCGGGACUGGAAGCCCCUGCAGUGCCUGAAGGUGCUCACCAUGAGCGGCUGGAACCCGCCCCCUGGGAACCGCAAGAUGCACGGGGACCUCAUGUACCUGUUUGUGAUCACGGCCGAGGACCGGCAAGUCAGCAUCACGGCGUCCACGCGGGGCUUCUACCUGAACCAGUCCACAGCGUAUCACUUUAACCCCAAGCCUGCCAGCCCCCGCUUCCUCAGCCAUUCCCUGGUGGAGCUGCUCAACCAGAUCAGCCCGACCUUCAAAAAAAACUUCGCUGUGCUGCAGAAGAAAAGGGUCCAGCGCCACCCGUUCGAGAGGAUUGCCACCCCGUUCCAGGUGUACAGCUGGACGGCCCCCCAGGCAGAGCACGCCAUGGACUGCGUGCGCGCGGAGGAUGCCUACACCUCCCGGCUGGGCUACGAGGAGCACAUUCCUGGACAGACCCGGGACUGGAACGAGGAGCUGCAGACCACGAGGGAACUGCCCCGCAAGAACCUGCCAGAGCGGCUGCUUCGAGAAAGAGCCAUCUUCAAGGUGCACAGCGACUUCACGGCAGCGGCCACGCGGGGCGCCAUGGCGGUCAUCGACGGCAACGUGAUGGCCAUCAACCCCAGCGAGGAGACCAGGAUGCAGAUGUUCAUCUGGAACAACAUCUUCUUCAGCCUGGGCUUCGACGUCCGCGACCACUACAAGGACUUCGGCGGGGACGUGGCGGCCUACGUGGCGCCCGCCAACGACCUGAACGGCGUGCGCACGUACAACGCGGUGGACGUGGAGGGGCUGUACACGCUGGGCACGGUGGUGGUGGAUUAUCGCGGCUACCGCGUCACCGCCCAGUCCAUCAUCCCCGGCAUCCUGGAGCGCGACCAGGAGCAGAGCGUCAUCUACGGCUCCAUCGACUUCGGCAAGACGGUGGUGUCGCACCCGCGGUACCUGGAGCUGCUGGAGCGCACCAGCCGGCCGCUCAAGAUCCUGCGGCACCGCGUGCUCAACGACCGCGACGAGGAGGUGGAGCUCUGCUCCUCCGUGGAGUGCAAGGGCAUCAUCGGCAACGACGGGCGCCACUACAUCCUCGACCUGCUCCGCACCUUCCCCCCGGACCUCAACUUCCUCCCGGUGCCCGGCGAGCGGCUGCCCGAGGAGUGCACCCGCGCCGGCUUCCCCCGCGCCCACCGGCACAAGCUGUGCUGCCUGCGCCAGGAGCUGGUGGACGCCUUCGUGGAGCACAGGUACCUCCUCUUCAUGAAGCUGGCCGCCCUGCAGCUGAUGCAGCAGAAAGCCAGCAAGAUGGAGAACUCCACCCCGUUGGAAAACGGCAGCCCGCCCUCCCCGGAGUCCAAGUCUGAAGACCCUGUGGGACCCGAGGCGGGAAGUGAGGAGGAGGGGGGCAAUGCCAGUGGCCUGGCCAAGGUGAAGGAGCUGGCAGAGACCAUCGCCUCAGACGACGGGACAGCAGACCCGCGGAGCCGGGAGGUGAUCCGCAACGCGUGCAAGGCCGUCGGCUCCAUCAGCAGCACGGCCUUCGACGUCCGCUUCAACCCGGACAUCUUCUCACCAGGGGUCCGCUUCCCCGAGUCCUGCCAGGAGGAAGUGCGGGACCAGAAGCAGCUGCUCAAAGACGCCGCUGCCUUCCUGCUCUCCUGCCAGAUCCCCGGCUUGGUGAAGGACUGCACAGACCACGUGGUGCUGCCCAUGGACGGGGCCACGCUGUCGGAGGUGAUGCGCCAGCGUGGCAUCAACAUGCGCUACCUGGGCAAGGUGCUGGACCUGGUGCUCCGGAGCCCGGCCCGGGACCAGCUGGACCACAUCUACAAAAUUGGCAUCGGAGAGCUCAUCACCCGGUCUGCCAAGCACAUUUUCAAGACGUACUUACAGGGAGUCGAACUCUCAGGCCUGUCGGCUGCUAUCAGCCACUUCUUGAACUGCUUCCUGAGCUCCUACCCCAACCCUGUGGCCCACCUGCCCGCCGACGAGCUGGUCUCCAAGAAGAGGAACAGGAGGAGGAGGAACCGGCCUCCAGGGGCGGCGGACAACACCGCCUGGGCCGUCAUGACCCCCCAGGAGCUCUGGAAGAACAUCUGCCAGGAGGCCAAGAACUACUUUGACUUCACCCUCGAGUGCGAGUCCGUGGACCAGGCCGUGGAGACGUUCGGGCUGCAGAAGAUAUCGCUGCUGCGGGAGAUCUCCCUCAAAACCGGCAUCCAGAUCCUGCUGAAGGAGUACAGCUUCGACAGCCGCCACAAGCCCGCCUUCACCGAGGAGGACGUGCUCAACAUCUUCCCCGUGGUCAAGCACGUCAACCCCAAGGCCUCGGAUGCCUUCCACUUCUUCCAGAGCGGGCAGGCCAAAGUACAGCAGGGCUUCCUGAAGGAGGGCUGCGAGCUCAUCAACGAGGCCCUGAACCUGUUCAACAACGUGUACGGCGCCAUGCACGUGGAGAUCUGCGCCUGCCUGCGCCUCCUCGCCCGUCUGCACUACAUCAUGGGCGACUACGCCGAGGCCCUGAGUAACCAGCAGAAGGCGGUGCUGAUGAGCGAGCGAGUGAUGGGCAUCGAGCACCCCAACACCAUCCAGGAAUAUAUGCACCUGGCCCUGUACUGCUUCGCCAGCAGCCAGCUCUCCACCGCCCUGAGCCUGCUGUACCGUGCCCGCUACCUCACACUGCUCGUGUUUGGGGAAGACCACCCUGAGAUGGCCCUGCUGGACAACAACAUCGGGCUGGUGCUGCAUGGGGUGAUGGAGUAUGACCUCUCGCUGCGCUUCCUGGAGAAUGCGCUGGCUGUCAGCACCAAGUACCACGGGCCCAAGUCCCUCAAAGUGGCCCUCAGCCACCACCUUGUCGCACGGGUCUAUGAGAGCAAAGCCGAGUUCCGGUCAGCCCUGCAGCACGAGAAGGACGGCUACACCAUCUACAAGACCCAGCUGGGCGAGGACCACGAGAAGACCAAGGAGAGCUCCGAGUACCUCAAGUGCCUGACCCAGCAGGCCGUGGCCUUGCAGCGCACCAUGAACGAGAUCUACCGCAACGGCCCCAGCGCCAACAUCCCGCCCCUCAAGUUCACAGCCCCCAGCAUGGCCAGUGUCUUGGAACAGCUCAAUGUUAUCAACGGCAUCCUCUUCAUUCCACUCAGCCAAAAGGACCUGGAGAACCUGAAAGCUGAGGUGGCGCGGCGGCACCAGCUCCAGGAAGCCAGCAGAAACAGGGACAAGGCCGAGGAGCCCACGGCCACCGGGCCCGAGGCCACGGGGGCCCCCGAGGAUGCGGCUGCCCAGCCCCAGGCCGCCAAGGACCCUCCUCCCCCCGGCCUGCAGGGGUAG